CCUGUGCGUAAUGACGGCACACACUGGCGUCCCAGACAGUGAACAACACGCACUAAGUAUAGAUCGGCGAAAGUGCUAGCUUUGAAACAAAGUAAAGUAGCAUAUAACUGAUAAGUAUAUGUAGUAAUAAUAAUAGCAAAUAACAGUGGAGUUACAGCAAAGAUCUGGUUGAUCGUAUUGACUCGAGCUAGUGACGCCUAAAAUGGAGGAACAGCACAGGCACUGCGCAAACUGCGUAAACCGGAGGUGCAUGAUCAGGCCGGAGCCUGGAGUUUCCUGCGACCUGGUCGGUUGCUCCCUGGUGUGCGGCGCGGUCUUCCACUCGUGUAAAGCUGGAGAGCACCGCCUGCUCUGUCCUCGUGAAAGAGUGCCAUGUGUGAACAGUGACUUCGGGUGUCCCUUCACCGUCCCCCGGCACAAAAUCGCCGCCCACCUCAAAGUGUGCCCGGCGAGCGUGGUGUGUUGCACCAUGGAGUGGAAUCGCUGGCCCGUCAGCUACGCCGACCGCAAGUCCUAUGAGAACCUGAGCAAGGAUAUCGACGUGGUGGAGCAGCUUGACAUGGCUUUGGCCCUGCAAGAUCAACGGAUGCUGUUGGAGUCGCUCAAAGUAGCAUCCAUGGCGUCCAAAAAUGUCGACAAAAGGGCUAGCUUGGGUGAGGAAGUACCUGUAGUGUCAACACUUCCAGACGCUAAAAUAGCUAAUGGAAUCAUCGGUAUAGACGAGGAGUCUUACGGUGAGCUCUAUCAAGCUACAGUAGAAACCAGCAGAAGUUUAGUGGCAGCUUUAGAUAUCCUCAGUAACACAACCAAGGAAAUGGACUUAGUCAAUGGAAACAUAACGGAGAAAAAGUCAGGGACAACUGAGGCACACAGCGAGGGAAGCAGAGAGGAAGACUUGGACCUGGAGUAUGCAGAUAGGCAGGAGUGUGACACAGAGUCUGAUUGUGAGCUUGGAGCAGUAGGGGGAACUGAUUGUGAAUUUCCAGUAGGUGCCUUGAGUGAUGGGAACAAGUGGAUGGAACAGAAUGGAUUAGUAGAAGUUUUAGAGGAUAGGUUGGAGGAGGAUGGAAUGACGGGGUUUGACAGGAGACUGCCACGCAAUGGUUUCCACCCUGUAUGGGGUGAACAGAUCAAGCCUGGUUGGGAUGAGAUGGACUUGGAUGCGGCUGAGUUCAGACAGCCUGAGAUGGACUCUUUCGAAAUCGGUCAGCCUGAAAAUGACCUGGAGGUGCCUUACCAUUCCAUAUCUUUCGAAGCCCAGGAGCUGCCAGGUUCCCAGCCUCCAGCACUGGUGCUACCACUGGCGCUACCACUUCCAAUUGAGUUUCCUGACCUGGUGCAUGGAGAUGCUCUGCAGCACCUACCUGUUGUCUUUGAGGACAGAUGGUUGGCGCGCAAGAUGCAUAACCUGCAGAUGCUCAGGGGCAUGAGCAUAUGCACGCUAAACGGUCGCCGGGCUUUCUUCACCGAUGCCUGCCCCUUCCGUGUGAAGAAGGAAGACAAAUCGGUGGAUACCUCUGAUCUGGAAGUGACCGACGACCCAAUGGGUCUCCACGGAAUUGACGUCAUUACCGCGGCCUUGCUCUUCUGCCUGGGAGACUCCCCUGGAGGCCGAGGGAUCUCAGACAGCCGAUUCGUUGACGGCUGCCGCAUCGACUUGGGCACUCAGACCUUCUCCUUCCCUUCCGCCAUAUUGGCGACCAAGACCAUGGUGGGUGAUAUAGCAUCGGCUCCCGCCUGCGACCACGCCAACCCACAGCUCUCCAACCCAAGCCCCUUUCACACUCUCCGGCUGGACCUGGUCCUCGAGUGCGUGGCUCGCUACCAGACCAAGCAGCGCUCCAUGUUUACCUUCGUGUGCGGCCAGCUCUUCCGCCGAGACGAGUUCUCUUCCCACUUCAAAAACGUCCAUGGGGACAUUCAUGCAGGCCUCAAUGGCUGGAUGGAGCAUCGCUGUCCCCUAGCCUGCUAUGGCUGCACCUACUCCCAGAGGCGGUUCUGCCCGUCUGUGCAGGGUUUCCGGAUCAUCCACGACCGCCACCUGAGGUCCUUUGGGGUUCAGCCCAGCGUUCCUACACCGGCCGCCAGACCCCUCUCAGACAGGAUGUGUGCAUUUGCGUCGCAGUGGGACGGUCUGAGUAGCCUUCCCUUUGAGGUUCUGCAGCACAUCGCCUCCUUCCUGGAUGGCUUUAGCCUGUGCCAGUUCUCCAGGGUGUCGCACCUGAUGAGGGACGUCUGUGCCAGCCUCCUGAUGGUGCGUGGGAUGGUCGUACUGCUGUGGGAGAAGACUCUCCUGCCUAAUGGGUCGUCAUCGUGGCAGAUAAAGGACAAGGUGUGGCAGUUUAGCACAGCCUUUGGCACCGUGGAUGAGUGGAAGUUCGCCAACAUCGCCAGCAUGGCCGACCACCUGAAAGAGUGCAAGUUCAACACUGUGGAGCGGCGCGAGGAGGCUGUGCCCCUACCGUGCAUGUGCUACACUAGAGAGCUCACCAGAGAGGGCCGCUCGCUGCGCUCUGUCCUCAAGCCUCUGCUAUGAAAUGGAUCUCCAUUAAUCUCAAUCGUAGCGCAAUACUCAUCCAGUUUACUGCAGGUUACUUUUACAUUAAGAACUUAUCACCAUGUAAAUAUAUAUUUUCUAUGUCAAUGUUUUGUUUUGUAAAUUCAAUUACUGUGAUAUCAGAAUUGAAAAGCAGAGCCUUAACGAAGUAACACUUAACUUGCUGGACAUAAAUUUCUAUUGGUCGAAUUGUAUGCUGAGUUUUUAUUGGUUGAAUGUACUGCAAGGUUGUUAUUGGUUUAUUUAUAUAAAAACUUUGCACGGUUUGAUUCAUAACGGGUGCCCUUUUUUGGCAAUAAAAACUUGAGAAAUUGUGUACAUUUCAGGAGGAAACUCAAGGAUCUAUGUAUUUACUGACCAAACUUACACUAAGUAAUCUGUUUCUCCUUUUUUCAUGAAUGGAAACUAUGCAUAUAAUCAAUUUACUUUAAGUACCUCUUAUGGUGUUGAUUCAAAUGCUGACAAUGGGUUUUAGGGUAUAAUCUAGCUGAAUAAUUGUAAAAAGACAUUUUGAUGAAAAAUGUUUUUUCUUUAUAAUAAAAGUAAGGAUUAUACUAUAUUAAGAUAGAACCUUUUAUACAAUUUAAAUAGAUUAAUACAUUCUUAAAUGCAGACACUACAUCUGUUUCUGUGUAAUUAAAAAGUAAAAAAAAAAAAAAACAAUACUAUAACGUGUCACCUUGCACUUUACUCUUGAGUGUUUAUUUUAAAUCAGCUUGUUUUUUUUCUGCAGAGAGGAAAGUCAGCGUUUCACUUAACCCCAAAACCGUUUUUUUUUUUUUUAAUUAAUUCUCAGUAGCAUUGAUUAUGUUUACAGUAUUUGCAGACUAUUUUUUUAUUAUAAAAUGUUGGCAGAUCUGUCAACAUUACCAGAAUAAUUUUACUCUCUAAAAUGUUUUUAUACAGAUUAGUUUUUAAAAGGUAUUGUUUUUUCUAUUUUUUUUUUUUUUUUUUACCUUACAAUUUUAACUUUAUGAAUGAGAGGAUGAGAAGGAUUAAAUGCAUGUGAAUAACUUUCUAGUGUCCAGAACAGGGAGGUCCUUUUUAUUGUGGAGUUAAUUACCUUUAACAGCCUUACAGACCUUCUGGUAAAGCGAUGCUGGCUGAUUGUAAUACGGGUCAUUAGAAAAGACACAUGAACAGUGGGUGUAACUUGAAUCAAUCAGUGUAGUUUAAUUAUAAUUAAAUGAAUGUUAAAAGUGCAUUUUUCCCCCCGUUUUUCCUGUUUUCUAUUUUCACGGUCGAUAUUUUUAGUUUGCUGUUGUGUGCUCUCUAAAAUUGCAUAGUAGAAAUUGGAUUGAUCGUACCAAGCUGUGUCUCCAUUAAAUAUAUUUCCUCCCUUCCUAUCCGUCCUUUAUUCACGAUUUAAUGGUUUUUUUCUGUAUCCAAAAUGUAUGUUUACAAGUAUGCUGGCUUUCAUUUUGACUAGAAGCUAUAGAUACAUCUGGUACGGUUGCAAGAACGGAAGGCACAUGCCCACCAAGUAUUAUCCAGUGUUUUGUGUGUGAAAUGUUUUUUUUUAUUAUUUGUUUGCAGGAUAGGAGUGCAUAUUAAUGUUUUAAUUUAUAACCAAAACUUUCUUCUUGGUGUGUUUUGUCUUUCCAUAACCAUUUAUGUGUGAUUUUGCUUCAGUUUACAAGGCAGAAAGUGCAUGUCAGUCUUGAUGCUGUGUAGCGCCCGUGAUCUCAGUGUCAUUGAAGUUGUUUUCCAAGCGGAAAUUACAGUUACUGAGGUCAUGUUUUGGCUUUGGAAACUUACUAAGUUUCCCCAUUCGAGAAAGGCUAUAUUUUAUGGCGAGUAGAUAAUGUGUUAUGACAGAACUAAGGACGGAGCUUAAUCGUAGUUAAUAAGAAACUAAAAAUGUUGCUUACCGACCGAAGUGCUGAAAAUCAGUAUUGUGAAGUCAACAGAAUGUUUGUCAUAGUAUUUAUAGGCUUUUUAUUUUUGCCUUUUCCUACACAGCUGAACUUGAUCAUUUGUAUUUUUUCACUAUUAACACUAAUAUUUUGUUUGCUUAUUAUAAUUUUUAUUAUCAUAAAUGUGUGUUGCUGUUGGUCAUCAUCACAUGAUAGUUCUCUGAAAGCAGGGAUCCCUGCAGUUGUAGCAGUAAAAGAACAUCAAUCAGGGGGUAUCAUUGUAGAAGGUUUAACUUACAUUCUGUUUGAUUCUGUGGCAACUGUUUGAACAGGCGCACAUUGAGUGGAUCCAUGCAGUAUUUUAACCACGGGAAUCCCUAAUUGAUGACUGACGUAUUGUCUUAUGUGCCAUACAAUGCAUAACAUGUUUGAAAUAAAAUCUUCUUACCAACCUGUG